AAUGCCGGAGGGUUGUGGACGGGGACCGAGGUUAUGAUUCAAAUCUUUAUUAUUAUUUAUUUUAGUCUCUGGAAUUUCAAGUUCAAUGUAAUUGUGUAACAAAUUAUACCAGGGUUGUAGUACGUAGGUAGUAUAUUAAUCCAGGUAUUACCGUUGAAAAACAUUUCUCAGACUUAAUUUAAAAUGACCAGUGUUCUAAGGUUAUUUCGAGACAUUGCAAGCGAAAGCUAUAAUGAUGAAGGUUAUGCUUCGAAUACAUCAUUAGAGCAAAUUGAUGUGGAAGCUAUUGUUUGCAACAUAUACAGACGUUUUGAACAUAAGGCAGCAAUUGACCCUAGUUUACCAAAAUUAAUUAGAAAAGCUCAUUGUAAUGUUUUGAAGGAUUGGCUUAUGCAUUUACCAGGCAAUUACUCAUGUUUAGAUGCAAGCAGGCCAUGGCUUAUAUAUUGGAUACUACACUCACUAUGGCUGUUAAAAAAAUUACCAGAUGCGGAAACAUUGUCAAAAGUUGUUAACUUCCUUAAGCAAUGCCAGCACAAAGAUGGUGGUUAUGGAGGUGGUCCUAUGCAGCAUUCACACCUUGGUACAACAUAUGCAGCUGUUAAUGCUUUAAGCAUUAUAGGAACUGAUGAAGCAUAUGAUUCAAUAGAUAGAAGCUCUUUGCAAACAUUUUUAUGGACACUAAGGGAUGUUGAUGGUUCAUUCGCUCUUCAUAAUGGUGGUGAACAAGAUAUAAGAGGUGCUUAUUGUGCAGCAAGUGUUGCCAAAAUUACAAACAUAUACACAGAAGCUCUGUUUGACAAAACUGCUGAAUGGGUUAUUAGUUGUCAGACAUAUGAGGGUGGCUUUGCCGGCUGUCCAGGAAUGGAAGCUCACGGUGGCUAUGCCUUUUGUGGUCUAGCAUGUCUAGCUUUGCUCGAUAGAACACAACUCUGUGAUAUAGAUGCUUUAUUAAGAUGGAGUGUUAAUCGUCAGAUGAGACUGGAAGGUGGUUUUCAAGGCAGAACCAAUAAAUUAGUUGAUGGCUGUUAUUCGUUUUGGCAGGGAGGAAUAUUCCCAAUCAUUAGUGCUAUUUUAGCUAAAGAUAACAAAGAAUUAAUAGAAACAGUAUUAUUUAAUCAAGGUGCCUUACAAGAGUACAUAAUAGUUUGCUGUCAAUCUCCUGAAGGUGGUCUUAUAGAUAAGCCUGGAAAGCCUCGUGACAUUUACCAUACAUGCUACACUUUAAGUGGUCUAUCAGUAGCUCAGCAUGGAACUGGUACUGGAGAAUCAUUGGUCAUUGGUGCAUCAGAAACUGAGUUGAAUAGAGUUCAUCCUCUUCAUAACAUUGCUCCCCACAUGGUUUAUAAUGCUGUACAUUACUUUAUUAGGCAUCCACCUCCAGUAAAAGAUGAUAAUUAACUAUUUUAAUGAAAAUAGAAAGAAUUAUUAUAAAAUAUAAAGUACCAAAAUCUGUACAUAUUGUAUAAUACAUAUAUUAAGUAUUAAAGUUUUUUUUUAAA